AGGAAAUGAAAGCAGAUGGUUACGUCAGAAGGAUAUAGCCGUGGCUUGUGAAGCAGGGAGCAGCAGGACAACAUGGCCCAGCAUGGAUCUAGUGAGUACCCGCCUUUGAUUCCUACUGAUUGCUGCUGCUUGGAGUGGAGUAGAAAAACAAUGGAAGGGGCAGUGCUGGAGGAGGGCUUGGUCAGGUGCUGGGCGCUGAUGCUGGGCCUACCUGCCAUUUGUUAGGAUGAGAGAGAGAGAACUUGCCAUCUUUAAAAUAGUAAUCCUGUGCCAAGAGACAUAUGUUCAGGUUUUGGCACAGGCUGUGCAUAGAAUCAUAACUUUCUCAGUCCUUCUCAUUGCAACACUGACAGACAGAAGAGGCAAGAUGUUUUAAAGCUGACCUGUUCCACUCCGCUGCUUAACUCCUCAGCUACGGGAGCUGCAGCAGUGAAAAGGCCAGAGGAAGCCCCCAACAGCACAGGCUGUUCCUGUCUCUUAUGAGUCCCUUUUAUUAUGCCCUUUGUGUUCAAUGCUGUGGAUCUUUUUUUCAAAUAAUGUGUUCAGAAGUAGGCCUGGUUAGAGGAACUGUAUUGAAAUGAGUAUUAGAGGAACUGUAUUGAAAUGGGAGCUGGUGGUAGGGGGCAUACUUAUAUUUUAAAUCCUGCCUCAUUUGUUGAGCUCUGUGAGAAUGACUUCUGACUGAAAAUACAAAAAUUCACUGGGUGGUCUUGGACCAGUCACAGCUUGUUAGUCUUAACCUACCUCACAGGGUGGUUGUGAGGAUACAGUAGGGAGGAAGAAAACCAUGUCUGCCACCUUGAGCUCCUUAGAGGAAAGGCAGGAUAUAAAUAAAAUAAAUACAUACAUACAUAAAAUAAAAGAGUGGGCUUUGUAGGACCUUAAGCAUACCAUAAGUCCUACCCCAUCCCGUCUCCAAUUUCUCUUGCAUUUACAUGCACAUACAGUUACAGCAACCUGGUUAUAAUUUAACUACCCUCCUAUACUCAGAACCAGGCAGCUAAGCAGUAGAAAAUGGUUAAUUCCAGAUGAAGUGAUGUACGGUAAAAUUCUCUGUAUGUUUGUCAGAAAUAAUUCCCUCUCUAAACAAUUAGGUUUUGUCCCUAGUAAAAGUGUUUAGCAUUACACGGUUAAGAGCUGGAGCGUUCACUUAUGUGUGUGGCAUGAAAUAAUUUGAGCAGAGUGUCUGGCAAGCUACUCACUUGGAAACAAUGGUCCUUUUUCUUGAUGAUACAUCACAGUAUCUUGUGCCCUCUGUUCAUCAGAUCAAGGGCAAGAAGGCUACCGCAAUGAAGUGACACUUUCCAGACUUAGGCUCCGAGUGGUUCCACCUGAGGUCCUGCAAAAUAAUGGCAUAGAAAGCUUGAAUUUAGACCGGAACAAGCUGAAACAGCUCCCUGGGAUUGCAAAACUUUGCAACCUGAAAAAGCUGGUUUUGUCUAAAAAUGAUAUCAUAGACUUCCCAGAGGAAAUCAGGAGCUUGGUCCAUCUGGAGAAGCUGGAACUCAAUCAGAACCAAAUCCGUGUUGUCCCAGAGGGAGUCUUUUCCUGCCUUCCAAAGUUGAGACAUCUUCGACUGAACAACAACCGCUUAGAUAGGCUUCCCAAGGACCUAGCAGUCUGUUGCAGCAGCCUCCAGUACCUCAACCUGUCCAACAACUUGUUCCUAGCUAUCCCUUUGGCGGUCUUGGAGCUGAAAUGUUUGCAAGAGCUCUACCUGUAUAACAACAAGCUGCGCCAGCUUCCCAUGAAGAUGUUCAAGGAGCUGCCUCUGAAGAUGUUCAAGGUCAGCGGGAAUCCUCUCCGUGAGCCUCCCUACGAGGUCUGCGCAGGAGGCCUCAGGCAGAUCAUCAGCUACUUCGACCAGCUGCAAAACAGCCGAGCGGAAGAGGACAGGCGAGUCAAGACCAUGUUCCUGGGGAUGUCCUUAGCAGGGAAGUCCACCAUUUGCAAAAGCCUGAAGCAAAGGCAAAUAGUUCGAAUGUCAGAGGAAGAGCGGACCGUUGGGAUUGAGAUCAGCGAGUUCCAGAUCCAAGGCUUCACUUUUCUCUUCUGGGACUUCGCUGGCCAAUUGGAAUACUAUAUGACUCACCACAUGUUCAUCACCCCACAGGCUCUGGUCAUCUUGGUCAUCAACUUUCAGCAGUAAGUGUCAUCUUGCUUACCUUGUGAAGGGAGGGCAAAGGGGAGCGUGGCUUUUAAGUCCUGUUGGCUCCAGCGGGGUCGAUUUACAUGUGUGCUUCACAUUCCUGUUUAUAAGUGAAUGGGAUUUAAAUGUGUUGUCUUUGGCUAAAUUUGUACUCCCGGGUAUGAAGUUAGCUUUUUUUGUCAGCCAGAAUCUCUAUAAUUGCAGGGGUUUUAUCCCUGCUAGUACUGUAUGCCCAUCAGAGAGCAGUGAACUAAUGAAGUCUUAAAUCUUAUGCACACUUGGAAGUAAGCUCCACUGAACACUUUCAAGCAAACUUGCAUAGGCUUGCACUGCAAGCUAUUCUUCUAAAUGGGAGGUGGCUAAAGCCUAUUGCAGAGGCCUUAGCUAGACAUUGAGGUGCACUACUCAUCAUUGCACCCCAUAUAAAUUAAAAAAAGAUGACGACAUCUAUUUUGCUUGGCCACCACCAAUCAAUAUUACUUUUAUGGAUAAUCAUCAUCAUUCUCUUUUUAUGGAUAUUUUCACAAGUGCCACAAUUGCAAGCUGAGAAGAAUAUAUUUUUCUCAUAGCAGAGGCAACUUCUUAAUAUCUGAAUUAAGCUCCGGUCGCAUCCACGCCAUAUAUUUAAAGCAUUUAUCUUUCCCUGAAAGAACACUGGGAGCUGUACUUUAACCUCAGAGAACUACAAUUCCCAGCACCCCUAACAAACCACAGUUCCCGGGACGCUUUGGGGGAAAUCAUGUGCUUGAAGUGCAUAGUGUGAAUGUGACCUCACUCUUUUUGUGAGCCACCAAUAUUAGAGAAACAAAUUCGUUUACCCACACACUGUCAGGGCAGCGGGCCGAGUCUGUGAGUGAUCUGGAACUUCCCUUUUUCAGGUAUCAGCGGAGCGAUGACUCCUUCAAGGAGCUUGUUGGAUUUUGGAUUAACAACCUCUUUAUGCGAGUGCCCAACUCUGUGGUCCUUCCCGUUGGAACUCACAUAGAUGUUUGUUGUGAGCAGGAGGUUAAAGAAAAGAAAGAGGAUAUAAUGAGCAAGAUCCAGGACAUGCUGGAUGAGAGAAAGAGCACCUUAGCCCAUCUCAUUGCCAACCUGGAGGACAAUGAGGAAUCAGAGUUCUUUGUGGACCAGUGGAAUAGGCUGAAGGAAAUGGAGCAAUGCACCCUCACGGUGAGGAAAAUGUGAUGUAUUUUGAAUAUUUAGGAUGCCCUACAUCAGGGGUGGGAAACCUGUGGCCCGUCAGAUGUUGGACAGAACUCCCUGACCAUCAGUUACAAUGGCUGUGGCUUGACCUGAGUUAGGAGUCCAACAACAUCUGGAGGGCCACAAGUUUCCAGUCCCUGCAUUACAGAAUAUGAUGUGAUGUAAACUCCCAAGAGUGUGUUGGUUGGGAAAGAAAAAUUAAGUAGAUAAAAAGAGAAUUCCCUGGAUGCCAAGAUUCAGGUUUGAGACAAGUACCCUUGGGCGAGCAGAGAUUUAAAAUCACAAAAUAUGCAGCAAAUGAAAUGUGUAAAAAUAGACUGUUGGACCUUUAAAAUAUGUCCUUGUGAGUUCCAAAGCUUCCCAUUUCACCAUCCUAGGGGGAAAAACAUGUUUGGGAAGUUAAAAAUAGUUUACUUACAAACUAUUCAAAGGUCAGAUUCAUGUGCUUUUCCAUACAGCAGUCAGAAAGCACGGGCAGUAACAUGGCUCUCUUGUGAGUGGUGCCAUCUGGCCCCCAAUUUGUCAACUCCUUAGUCAAAAGUAGGAUGUGAAUAAGCAUUUUUGUUGGGGGGGGGGGUAUAUAGACAUUUUGGAGGCUGCGACAUUGAACCUUAAGAACAAAAGAAGGUGCCUAGAGCAGACCAAAAGUCCAUUCAUUCCAGGGGUGGGAACCUCAGAUCUGGGGGCCAAAUAUGUCCCACCAGGUCACCUUCAAUGGCCCUUGAGGCUAAUGCUGCAGGCCAUUGAGACCCGCCCUAAGCACAUCCCCCUUUCGCCAGCCCACACCACUCACUGGCCUUACUUUUACACCUUCCACAAGUACUUCAGCCCGGCUGGAAUGUGUCCUUGAUCUUUGAUAAUGUCUCUCACUUGCCUGAAUGCAGGACCGAGAGCAGUGUGUGAGUGAAUUACAAGCUAUCCUGCUGUACAAAGGUAAAAUUUAUAUGAGUUGAUCCACCCUGUUUUUCCUCUGGCCAUGCCCAGUGACCUGCUUCCAGUAGUGGCUAGCCUUGUGCCUGUGGGCACCCACAAGUGGAACCUGAAGUUAUUGUUCCCCAGCAGUUGAUUCUUUGAGGCCUAAAUCUUCAGAUCUGGGAGGAUGCAUCCAACCACCACUGACAAAUGACUCCGUUCACUUAUGAAUAAGAUACUUCCUUUCAUCUGUUCUGAAUCUCAUGUCCAUCUAGAGAUUUAGUUUGAUUGUAGGAAUCUCAAGUUCUAUGGCCACCAGCAUGCAUAAACCAUAGACUGCCCACCAGAAUAACAAAAUGCCAGUCUUUGGUCGUUUGCAUCUAUUGCUUGCUUGUAAACUGUUUGGAGUUUUGGUUUGUUUGUUUGUUUGUUUGUGGCAUCUGUAUAUUUUUUUGCCCCAGGUUUUGGACCUUGUUCCCGUCAAUUGCAUGGAUUACGAGGACAUCAAAACACUCGAAGGCACAAUUCUGAAGCACGUCAAGAAUGAGGCUGUCUUCCCGAAUGUCAUCCAAGUGCUCCCCCCUAUCUACAAACAAGUAGAAGCUGCAAUUGUGAAUAUUGUGCAAAAAAAUGAAGAGUUGGCAGAGCAUGGCAAGUAACUGUUAUGAAUGGGCAUUUUGCGCCUCCCCUCUCUUCCCCCUUUUAAAUGCAAGAUCCUAUCCCUUGAAUAGGUGAAGUCAUGAUGCAGAACAGGGUCCUUCUGAACAUUUGGGAAGAGACGUCGCUUGGGGUAGUAUAUCUGCUUUCGUUUCAUGUGGAAGGUUCCCAGUUCAUUCCCCAGCAUCUCUUGGGAAAGACUCCCUUGCCUUGAAACCCUGGAGAUCAUUAGCAUAGAUGAAAACUGAGUAAGAUGGACGAAUAGUCAGACUCAGUAGAUGGCAGUUUCCUAUGUACAGAGUGUAUUUCCCUGAAAUACACAGCCACCGUCACAGCCAUCUCAUAAACACUUGCAAUAAAGGUGAUGGCCUCUAGAUUGCUUGGGGGAGAACCGAAGUCUCUGAGUCAGUCUCUCAGACAGCUGUCCCUCAGGACAAUAGCAGGAGGCUGAUACUGGCUUCUCUUCUGUGGUCAAUUUGCUUAUUUUUAUAGUCCACUCAGCCUGAAAAGUUGGGCAGGCCCCCGUUUUAAAAAUAAUAAAAAUCCAGUGAAAGCAUAAAACUCCAAUUAAAGCAUAAUAACAACAUUUGAACCAAGUAUAAAGCAUAUUAAAUAAAAUAAAAUGAUCACUGGUUGAUGGCCCUGAUCCCCUUCUGCAGCAAGACCACAGAGAAAACUCCCCACACAUUCAAAUUUAAAACUAUGGGAGCAUUUUCACAUUCCCAGAUCUACAAUGAAUUCCAAAAUAGUUGUUAACCACCUGAAGGAGCCAGCUUAAGUAAGGAUGUGAUUCUUCAUUAGCAUUGACCUCUUUAAUAUUUACUGCCCUCCUCUAGUUCUGCUCCAACAGCGGAACUACAGCAUUUCAUUCACUUAUAGACAGGGAAGGGAAAGACAUUCAGGUCACACCUGGAGACAAACCUUACCGAAUUCACACUUUCUGAAACAAUACGCAAACUGAAAGACAGACAGCCGUUCUUCAAAAUUUAUAAAUAAAUAGCCAAGUCAUGUGGAAACGUGGAUAAAUGAGUUUAGGGGUGGAAAUAUGAGAAACGGAGAUAAUCCAAAUUUGACAAAUCCAUCCAUCCCAUUCUAUGGACAGGCUGAUCCCAAACCUGCUUACUCAAAGUAUUUCGUUCUGUGGAUCCCUUGCAGUCACUAGAAACAAGUCUUCUUCUAAUGGCCCUUUAGGUAUGAUGGAUCUCAGUCUGUUACAUAGAGAGCUUUCCUAUCAGUAUCGCCUGACCCACCUUGAUGUAGAACUUCUGCGGGAUAUCCUGAGAUACCUUCAUCGCAUUGGGCUCAUCGUGUGGUACGAAGAGGUCAAGCAGCUGGAGAGCACGGUGUUUCUAUGCCCGGACAUUCUCAUAACCAUCUUCAAAGUGAGUUCCAGGUGUCCUUGGCUGCUUCCACACCAGAUCUCUUUAUGCUGUAGAGACAUUGAUUCUCUGAAGUUAGCUAGAAGGGGAAUGAAAAUGGAGAUGCCACACAAGCGUGUAGCAUUUAUUUAUUUACCACGUCACAACAGAAAGUUUUCUAGGAGAUCAACAGACUCCUUUAGAGUGCCAAGGCUCAGCCUGAGGUUGCCAACUGCUUUACAGACGGAUGUUCUGUGCCUUUUAUUUAUACACUACUAUAAAAUCUAGUAGGUGGGAAUUGGCUAGAUGGGUCCAGGGAGUGGUUAAUGCCUCAUUACAGGAGGGAGUUAUGCCCACCAUCUUGUUGUCCCCACUAACCACAUCUAGUUUGAACCUGAUUGAGGAAAUCACUAAUGCAGCUUCACCACGCCUGAUCCCUUGCAUUCCAAAGGCAGGCACGUCCUUCAGAUCAGCAUGUUCACACUGCAAGCUGUAGAGGCGAAUGCAAGACUUUUAUGACCUUCUUGGUUGUGUUCUAGCACAAAAUGGGGAUUUCAGGUAAUUACUGUCUAAAUGAGACCACUUGCUCCAAAAGGGUUUAUCAAUAGGCUAUGAAAAGAUAGCAAAGAAUGGACUAUAGGAACAGUCUGUCCCCCCCGGCCCCCCUUGCCAUCUUUCAAACACUGCAUCACCGUUGGCAUUGCAUCUCACAAUAGGAUUGCAGAUAAUACAGCGGGAUGGACUAGCCAGGCAUGUGUGUUGAUUCACCUGUGCGUAUCAGCUACUGAGAGAGACCAGUUCUGAAUUCCCGCCUGCCAACCACAUCUUUGCUGGAAGCCAUUUUCUUUCAAUGACUCCUAAUAGCUGUAGCAUAUGCUAAGAGGGUUAGGCAGGCUUCCCCAACUUGGUGCUUUCAAAUAUUUUUAACUACAACUCCCAUCAUCACUGUCUACUGGUCACACUUGGGCUUGAGCUGAUGGGAGUUGUGGUCCAAAACAUCUGAAGGAUGUAUUUGCUACCCCUGAUCUAGGGAAAGUGAGAGCCUUACCUGUUGUGUAUUUAAGACUUAAUUUUUCUAUGCCUGUAUUUUAUUUUUUUAAUGCUUCUGUUCUUCCAGACUCUUGUCCGGUAUGGCCUGACGCAGCAGCUGGAGAGCAUUGCUGUGGACAUCUUGAUAGCAGAACAUGCCACCAUUCGAGACCGGGCCAACUGGGUGUGGGCAUUCAAGUCAAAGGCCAUGUUGUGCCAGAAGGCCAUGAGAGCUUUGCUCAAACACCAGCUCUACUUGGACGGCAUGAGAGACGUCUUUGAGGAAAUGGUGGGCAGCAGAUCUCAGAAGGGGAAGCUCUUUAGCCUGUUGGAGCACUUUGAGAUCUGUCUGGAGGUCAGAAAUACAGAGGGGCUCAAUCCAAGAGCCCGAGUGUUUGUGCCUGGAUUGCCGUGGGAAGCCGCACAGGGCCAUGAGGAAACUCACUACUUAUUUCCCACUUAUCUCAACCAGAGUGAGGAGGUUUCCAAAAUGUGGGGAGGAGACCACAAAGAAGACCUUCAUAUCCGUGUCUACUUUUCCCCAGAGAUCCCAGAGGGCUUCUUCAAAAGGUAGUUAAACAAAGUGCUAUUUUUUUAGGAAAAAAGGUGCCAGAACUUACCCAGAACACCUCCCUCCUCUUAGAAUGGCAAUUGUGCCCACCUGAGAGGGGCUGGAACUGAGUUCUGGUGAGUUCCAGCUGAAAAAAAGCUCUGGUUAAACAGACUGCUGAUUGCAUAGAGGCCAUAUGAAGUGAUAGCCCAGCUUGUGACCAAUUUCUGCUGUUUGCAAUCUCCUUUGAAUUUGGGCCGCAGUCAUGAAAAUUUGCUGAUUUGCAUAACCUGGGGCAGCCACAAACAUCCAUACAUUUCCCACAGAAAUUUUCAAGCAAAAAUUGCACUACAGCAAAAUUUUGGUAUUUUGUGUGUCUUUUGAUCAGUUUGUAUUUUUUAAGUAAAGUUUAAUUUAAAAAGUUACAUUUAGUUAAGUUUUAGUUUCUUUUGUUUGUUUGAUAAAUUAAACCAAUAUCAUUUACAACCAAGAAUGAGUAUCUAUCUCUAUCUAUCUAUCUAUCUAUCUAUCUAUCUAUCUGUAUAUUCAUAUAUUCCCUGGCUGCACACCCAAGGAAAUACGUUGUGCACAUCCAUGAUGGGAUCUGAAGGCAUUGGCUGUUGCUUCUCUCUUUCCAGGCUCAUGGUUAAAGCUUGCUCUUUCUUCUCAACCCACUGGGUUGCAAAAGCGAUAUGCCUGCUCAUCUGCAGUGGCAAACCUUUACUGAUCAAAGCGAACAACCAGAAAGGAUAUAGCUACAUUGAACUCAGGUGCAGAAAACCAGCUGAGAGGGCAGGUACCACAGAAGGACAAACUUUGACUCACUUUGUUGGAUGUUAGAAAUGAUCUCCUUCCUUUGUCUUUCACCUGAAAAGCCAGCAUUAUCAUAUAUCAAGCACAAAGCUUUUAUGGGAAAUUGGAGCAGAUAGGAUCAUGCUUGCUUUAGGGUGUUAAUCUGAAGCUUGCUUUGAUGUGCCAACACAGACCCGAUGGUGGCAGCACCAACUCAGGCACAAACAGCAGAAAACUUUUGCGUAGGUUAAAUUUGGCAGUUUCAGAUGCAUGAAGUGUUAUCCUGAGUUGCAGGUAGAUUUAUACAUGAUUGGGGGAGGGAUAUGUAAACAAUGAGGUCGGGGGGGAAAGGAAAUGUGGAAAAGCACAGAUGAAGAUAAAUACCUUACUAACUGUGGCAGCAGUUGAUAACAUAAACAUCCUAGCAUUGGUGAGCCAACAUGUAGUGUGAUUAAAAAUUGUGCCAAUUCAACCCCACAAGUGAUAAUAAUCAACUUUUAAAUGUAAUUCAAUGGAAAGCUUCAUGAACCACGUGCCCUGAAAUUUGGGGUCCCAUCCAAACCAGUGCCAAGCUUUUUGCACCACAAACCCUGCAUUUUGCACCAGUGUGGAGUGAAUCAGACAAUGUUGGAUUUUUGGGUGUUAACUGGGAACCAUGGUUUGCUUUAUCAAUUCCUCAGUUUGGAGAGUGGUACAAAACGUGGGGUAUUUUUAGUGCAAAACGAGUGCAAAACUUUGGGACUUGUUUGGUUUCAGUUCUAUUCACUUGUGGAUUAAAUAAGCAUAAUGGGUUAUUUGAUGAUGUGUUGAUUAGCUGAGGGAAGACCCACACCAUACAUUUAAAGUACACCCAACACGCCUUUUAAAGCACAUAACUUUCUCCAGAGAAUCCUGGGAACGGUAGUUUGCAAAGGAUACUGGGAAUUGUAGAUCUGUGGGGAGAAACUACAGUCCCCAGGAUUCUUUGGGGGAAGCCACAUGGUUUAAAUGUGGGUUGAAUGCACUUUAUAUGUGUGCUGUGGCUCUGCCCUUGCUGAUGCCAGGAUGCUUGCGUUAACCACAUGUUUUGUGAACAGUCUCUCUUAAUAAGGAAUUAUGCCUGCAGUUUUCUGCAUUUCUUCCCUUCUGAUCUCACUGUUUACAGUUUCCUCCCCAAUGAUGUACAAAUACGCCUGCAAGUUGGGGUAACAUUUAAUGCAUCUGAUGAAGUGGACUGUAGUCUAUGAAAGCUAGAUUUGCUGCCUUUAGGGUACUGCAGGAGGCUUUGUUGUUUUUGGUAAUUUAUUUAUUUUCUGCUGAUAAAUUGUUUUGCCGACAACUUCUGUUGGCUAAAAAGAUGCAUCUGUCAACAUUUCCCUUUAGCCAACUAUCUAGACAGAAAAUCCCACAUAGUUCCGUUUCUCUGAUGUCUUUUAAAGGAUUCCAGUUGGUGUGGGACUUUGUUAUGACAAUAAUCUCCAUCAGCAAUAAACUCUUGGAGGAGUGGCCUGGUCUCCAUCUUUGUGUGAAGACACCUUGUCGGACAGCUGGCUGCCCUGCAGAAUUUGUCUGGCCAGAUGUGGAUGACAAAAGCACAGUGUAAGUAUCUCACCCCUCUGCUCCCCUGCCCUGAGAGCAUGAAGUUUCCUAACUUUUCAGCAGUAAAAACAGCAAAUUCCAUCUUCAAUGAUGAAGGCUUCUGGAGAACUUGAAAUCUUGCACACUGUUUAGCACAUUUUGGUUAGCCUAAUAAAGGUAUUGCCUUAAUAUGGAUUUUGAUUUUUUUCUUAUAGGCCAACACAGGUACCUUUUGUUAUUUGCAUAAUGUUUAAGUUACAACUACAGUAGCUUUGGCCAUACCCUGAGAACACAUAGUGUAUUUCAAACAAAGCCCUGAUGUUGGCCCAGAGGCAAAGUGCUCUGAAUUCAAAGCAACUAGGAGGAUGGCUCUGUACCCAUCAAAGUCAAUUUAAAAACUUUCAUAUAUUUCCAAUGGGCCAUUUUGUUUUGCUCCACCAGAUUCCACUAGUGAUAUCAAGAAACAAAUUAACUGUCCAUCUUUCUUAUCACCUCUUAUUUGAUGUGUGAUGUGUUGUGUUUUGAUUUUUUCUUUUCCUUUAGGCUUCACAUUCUUCUAGCUAGACCUCAGGGGGGUAAUUUGCACAAUAUAUAAAUCAGACAAGUUAUCUAUCAGGCUUUUCUUUCUCCCACAAAGAGACCAUAGGCAACACAUAGCAUGUUAAGUUAUCUCAUUUCAAAUACUUCUUUAUGUUCACAACAACCCUGUGAGAUAGGCCAGGCAAGUUCUUUUUUAUUGUUGUUCUUUCAGUUUGCAUGCCUCUUUUCCACAUAAGUAUGUCUAAAUCCACUCAUACCACACAAGAGCAAAGGGGGGGGGGGAAGGAAGAACACAUAAUUACAACAGUCUUAAUACCAAUUCAUUUCAAAACAUGUCAAAGCAAAUAAACAUAAAAAUAUUGCUAUAGUAUUUUAAAUUCAUGAUAAAAUAGGCAAUAUUGACCAUUAAAAGAAGUUAUCAGUAGAUGAUGUUUAAAAUAUCUAAGGCAGGGGUCAGCAAACUUUUUCAGCAGGGGGCCGGUCCACUGUCCUUCCAACCUCGUGGGGGGACGGACUAUAUUUUGGGGGGGAAAAUGAACAAAUUCCUAUGCCCCGCAAAUAACAGAGAUCCAUUUUAAAUAAAAGGACACAUUCUACUCAUGUAAAAACACGCUGAUUCCCGGACCAUCCGUGGGCCAGAUUUAGAAGGCAAUUGGGCCAGAUCCAGCACCUGGGCCUUAGGUUUGCCUACCCAUGAUCUAAGGCAUACGUAAAAUAUAAACAUUUAUGUUUGAAAGCAUUUAAAGCAGAUAGGCUAAAACUCUCAGGUGCUGUCAGGUUUUUAUGAAUAGUGUAACCAGCAGCAAGUUUUUCAAAGCUGUCAAGCUCCAGAAAUAGCAGCCAGCCUCCUUUGAGCCAGCCACAAAUGUUCUCACAUAGGCCACUCUCUCCUUCCCCUAUUCUGAUGUCCAACAGAGAUGGGGGAAGUGCAGCAUUGAUGUUCCUCCUUUCUGCUCUGGGUGUCCACACCCAAGCAAACGUUCAUGCAGCCUUCAUGCACAAAGCAGCAUAGGUUGGUUUGCCCAGAACACCCCAUCCCACCUGGAUGGUGAGGCAGCUCUCCAGAGCUUCUCCUGCCUCUGGGCCUAGAGCCCAGCAUCCCAAGAUCCGCAGAUAAGCACAACAGCAAAGCAAACCAAUUAGCACACAGUCGUACCUUGGUUCUCGAAUGCCCUGGAACUCGUAUGUUUUGGCUCCCGAUCGAAAACCAGAAGUGAAUGUUCCCGGUUUCCAAACGUUUCUGGAAGCCGAACAUCCGAUGGGGCUUCCAUGGCUUUCAAUUGGCUGCAGGAGCUUCCUGCAGCCAAUUGGAAGCCACGCUUUUGAAGUCGGAAUGUUUUGGAAGUCAAACGGAAUGGAUUCCGUUCGACUUCCGAGGUACCACUGUACAUCAAAGGAAGGGAAUAUAAAUAUAUACGAGCUCAUUUUUGCAACAACCACCAAUUAGUCUGGGGUUACCUUGACUACCAAGAUGGUAUUUGCAAGCCUUUUGGAACAUUUCUGCUUUAGUUCAACACAAAUGGGUAGAUUUCGCCAGUCAGACCAGUCAUUGUGUACUUCCCCCCCACCCCAAAAAGAGCUUAUCAGUGGUUUGGUGAGAUUUGAAUAGGCUUUUGUAUGUCCAGCAUUCUAGGAUUGUUUUACUCAGAAUCAGCACAUUUGAAUUAAUGUACCUAAGUUACGUGCAUAAAUUUCAGGGGGUGUACUCUUGAGUAUGACUAAUGUGGGAAUACAACCCCUAGUGCACUGGUGAGCCCUUCACAUGUAGUUGAACUCAACUCCCAUCAGUGCCAGCCAGCAUCGUCAGUUGUCGGGAAUGAUGGAAACUGGAGUCCAGCAAUUAUCUGAUCUGGAGGGUCAUAGAUGCCACCUCCCUGCCUUAGGCUGUGUACAUACUGUACCCCUAAAGCCCAUGCUUUCACCCAAAGAAUUCUGGGCACUGACAAUUUAUUGUUCACAUAGGUACAAUUCCCAGCAGCCCUUAACAAACCAGAAUUAUUUUCAGGGGGGGAAAUGUACUUCAAAUGUGCUGUAGUGUGUACACAGCCUUUGUGUCGCCAUCCUUCAAGUUGAAGAGUUACCAAAAAUAAAUAAAUAUUUUGAUUGCAAAAUCUGUUUACUCUUGCCUUGGUAUUCCUUCCCUUCUCCAAAGGACCAAAGAAGAAAUCAAAACAUGUGGAACUUGUGCCUUUCGAUUUGAAACUGAGCUGCUGUUACCAAAAGGUGAGACCAGAGAUUUCAGGUUUCAUUCAACUGUAGACACAUUUAAACCUGGCUGGUGUGGGGCAGGAGCUGAGGAGAGACUGUCAAGUACAGUCGUACCUCGGUUGUCGAACACCUUGCAACUCAAACGUUUUGGCUCCUGAAUGCCUCAAACCUGGAAGUAAGUGUUCCGGUUUGCAAACUUUUUUUGGAAGCUGAACAUCUGAUGCAGCUUCUGCUGCUUCUGAUUGAGUGCAGCCAAUUGGAAGCCGCACCUUGGGUUUUAAAAGUCAAACGGACUUCGGGAACGGAUUCUGUUCAAGAACCAAGGUAUGACUGUAUUGCCCUCUAAAGCGCACCCGUUGCUUCUUCUGUUUCGUUUUGUGAGUGUGUUGGAGGGUGAUAUAGACAACAACUAAUAGUUAAGUGAUUGAUUUCAGUGGGUUUAAGCACAUUUACGUCUUCACUGGAUUGUGGCCAAAACAGGAGCUACUGUAAUUGCUGGUAUUAUAGUAUCAUGCUAGUAGGGGUGUUUUGAAUCAGAGGAUCUUGCCAAAGUACAGCAAGGAGGUGAUUGGUGGGAGCUUUCCAUCUCUUGACUCAUGUCCAUAACCCAGUGCAUAGGAGCCAACUCCUAGGCACUGCAGUCCCUUCGGGACCCCCCCCCCAUAAAAUAUUUGAGGGGACUGCCCCCCUCCCAAGUUGAUGGGCAUGGUGUGUGUGUGUGUGUGUGUGUGUGCACAGUGUCAUGUGAGCGAUUAUUUGGGUAGGGGUUUACCUGUACCCCCUCCCCAAUAUUUUAUUCAAGUUGGCACCGCUGGCCUAGUGUGUCCUUGCUCCCCUCCCCUCAGGCCUUCAUAAUUUCUAUUACGGCUAUCAUUUUAGCAUACUGCCCAGAGUUCGUGCUUUGGCUGCCUCCUCUACUUGCUCAAAGCAUCAUAAAACACAGUGCUUUUUAAGUUAAAAAGAAUGAAAGCAAGGAAAAGGUUCUGGCACUCUUACAUUGAUAAAAAUAGUGUGGGGUAUCGGCAAAAAUUGGCUGCCAUGGGCAGCAUAAAAAAGAAAGAAGUACUGGUGUGCGAUUAUCAACGAGUAUCACAAAAAACCCCACUGGGAAUAUGAAAUAGUAAUGCAAAACUAAGAGUAUGAAGGGGGGAAAUAUGCACCCAGUCAUUGGUCGCAUUUACUAGCUGGAUAACUAACCAUGUUAUUGUUUUAGUCCCAAGUGAACGGAGCAUUGCCCAGGCCCCUGCACAGUAUUAUGUCACCAGUUAUGGCAACGCCACCUUUGGAUCCAGCACUGUCCAUGUGGAAAGUCAGGUAUGCAUGUAUGUGUGGGCUGCUGUUUACUGUGCUUUGUUCUUGGGGAUUUAUACUUUUGUCUAGGCGGUCUUGAUGAGUCCUGUUGGAGUGUACCAUACAGCUUUAAAAGGUGUAUUAUUAUAUUAUCUUCAUCACUUUCUCCCCAAAAGUGCUGGAGUGUUUCCCCAAAAUUCCCUAUGCCAAUUAGGGAAAUUCAGACUGCAAUUCCUUAGAGCAGGGUAACCAAUACAGUGCCCUCCAGAGAGGUCUGGAUGCCAACUCCCACCAGCACCAGGCAGCAAGGCCACUUACCAGAAAUUAUGGGAGUUGUAGUCCAACACAGCUGGAGGGCACCAUGUUGGUUACUCCUCCUAGAGAGUGACCGGAUAUAGCAUGUUUAUUUGACUAUUAGCACAGCUUAAACCCCCCGCCCCUGCAAAGCUCACCCAAUAUUUAUUUGCAAUUUGCAAUAAUGAAAGAGAAAUCUUGACAGUACUAAUAUGGAGAGGAAAUCCCUCUAAGGACCCUAGUGCUAUGGUUGGAGAUUACCCCUCUGCUUGCUCUACACUCAAAGGCAGAUCCCUAUUCUACUCACAGAAGUACAAUUCCCUAGUAAAACGGAUUGAAUGGGAAACUGCAAGCUCUUGGAGGGGAAUAGGGGUUGCCUAACAACCCCUCAGCACCCAUGACUGGUUUAAAGAGGUACCACGGUGCUUUAAAUGCAUGGUGUGAAGGGACCCAGAGUAUCCUUGCAUAAAAUGUUAUUAAAUAAUUCUGACACAUUUUAAAUUGUCUUCUUUUAACAAAAUGGCCACUUCUGUAACUUUAUCCCAUUACCUGUUUUGUUGCAGAAUAUCCUGGACAAAUGACAAGAACCAUGCAAGAAAAAUUGCCAGCAACAUUUUCAGAGAUUUUCAGAGACACGUUUGGUUCAUGUGGGACCUUAGAAACGCUUCAUUCUAAACUGACUGUUGACCACCAUAGGUUGAAAAUGCAAUGCAAAUUCCAUGGUAGAAUGCCAAUUUAUUUAGAGAUAUAUGUGAACAGAAGUACAAGUAUGCAAUCUAAUAAACUUCUACAAUAAGUUACAGAACAAUUUGCAGGGAUUCUUCAGCAUGAUUCAUCAUUCACUUUAAGCUGAUUAUAUGCAAUUUAAAAAAAAUCAUUUAUUUGUUUCAUAACAUUUAUAUACCACGUUUUUGUAAAAAACACCUCCGAGUUAAAAAUCCCCUGCAGCUUUCUAAGCAUCUAGGUAAGUUUGUCUACACAAUAUGUUUUUAGCAAGUGCCACAAGGAAUACAGUGCUUGGUAUCAACAGGCAGGGAGAACCCAAAGUGCUCACAGAGACCCCCCCCCCACAAAAAUAUGUUAACACUAGGGAAUGCAAUUAUAGUAACAAUAGAACUUUCAGAUACACUAUUACUGUAACAGGAAAGUUAAGGCGUGUCAGAAGCACAUUAGCUGGAGUGUUUGAGCUGCCCAUUCUCAAGGGAUCUGGACAGGUAGCAAGACAAAAAGUACACUCUAUUCAAUACCUGCAUCAAUGACAAGUGUAGUUUCACAAGAGUUAAUGGAGUAAUGCUGGUGCCUCUUUGCUCAAGAAAUAAGUCCUCUGAUUCAGCACUGCGUACAGUACAUUUGAAAUGUUAUUCUGAUUACUUUAUUAUGCUGUCUCUUACUGUGCCCUGCAAAAUGUCUUCUUAAUGAUGUACACUUUCCUGGGAUCUUUUGAUAAAGGGCAGUAUAUAAAUAAUAAAAAUAAUAAAUAAAUAACAAUGUCAUAUAAAGAGGGCCAGAAACAAACUCUCCUACACCUCCCCUAUAAAAAACAACCAUAAACACAUAUUGAAUUUUCAAGCUUUUAGAUUUUUGUUUUGUGGGGAAUUUUGUUGUACAGAGAAAAUAGUGUUAUAACUGGGAGGUGGCAGAGGCUUCAUUCCAGAUCUUAUUAGUAUCCUCCCUCCCUUCAUUCACUGUAGGCAACCAAGUGCUCUGCUUAUAGCUGGCUCCGCUCUUGGUUUUGUCACUUCAAGGGCUGUGAAUUUUAUGAGAGCACUUUUUGUGCUAUGAUUUGGAUAGAGUUUUCAUAUUCAACUUCUGCCUGCAGCCCACUUCCAAAACUGAGGAGCCCUCUACAGUCCCUUUAAUUUCACUUGUCCACAUAAGUGGCCAGUGAUAGGAUCCUGCUUACUAGUUGUGGGUAAUGUUCAACAUGGAUUCUGUAAGUGCAGGGGCGUCUUACCCAGAGGCGCUAGGGGGCAGGGCGCCCAGGUGCCGGGUUUCUCAGGGGUGCCAAGGCGAGAGUCCGGGACCUGAGAGUUGAGUCUGAGGCAGAGCCUGCCCCUCUCUGAGCCUAUAUCUCACCAAGAUUGCAGGAGAUUCACUUCUCAAAUUACACUGCUACCCCAUAGAGCCAGGGGUUCCAUAUCUUUUGGGGCCCCUGGGGCACAUAUGGAAAGCUAAGAACCUGUCAUGGGCACCACAAAAUUUCUAUACUGCAAAAGGAAAAUUGGAGAUGCUCAGAACCUUCUUCCCACUUCAAAAACAGGCAAAGCACCAAAGAGUUUCUCCUAAACAAAUAGUUAAAACCAAGAGCAGGCAAAACAUACAUCAUAAAUACCUAAAAACACUUCUCCUUGCACCUAAAAAAAGGGGGCUGGGAAGACUGGUUUGCUCCCCCUCCUUCAAACUACCAGGCAGCUUAAAGUAUCCAUCUGAAACCUCUCAGGGAGGAGAGGAGGAGUGUAAAGCUAAAAAUCAAAGCUUGGCCUUCAGGCAGUCUGCCACCUUCUGACCACACUGAAAAGCAUUCUGGGGAAAGAGUGGGGUGCCUGGAUGC